UCAAUAAUCACAAGACUUUUGGUCAGCUGUGUAGGGCUGCAAGUAAAGUGAAUUUGUGUAAAUUUAUUAAUUACUAGUGUUCUUGUGCGUGUCUUUUGUCCAAAAUGGCAUCGAACCUCGCUGCGGGGGCAGACCCUAAAAUUAAAGAAAUAAUCACAUCCCUAGACGAUGAUAAAAUUGAUAUGUUGGCAGCUACCAGUGUCCUACAGCAAAGGGCUACAGACAUAAGAAGUCAGAAGGUUAACUGGCAACCAUAUUUACAGUCCCAAAUGAUAUCUCAGGAGGACUACAGCUUUAUAUCUGCGUUUGAUGUGCCCGAUAGUGCAAAGCGAGAAGCUUUACUGAAAAGGGACCGCAAUCAGUGCGCACAAACAUUCUUAAAUUUGCUGGGACAUGUUUCAAAAGACCAAACAUUGCAGUAUAUCUUGGUUCUUGUUGAUGAUAUGCUACAGGAGGAUCGCUCUCGUGUAGAAAUUUUCCACGAGUAUGCAAAUAAAAAGAAGGAGUCUGUUUGGGGUCCAUUUUUGAACCUGCUGAACCGUCAGGAUGGUUUCAUCACUAACAUGACUUCCAGAAUUAUUGCUAAAAUCGCCUGUUGGUCUCAUACUCCUAUGGAACGUUCGGAUUUGCACUUUUAUCUUACCUGGUUGAAAGAUCAGCUGAAGACACAGUACGAUGCUUUAGCUGUUUCUCAAGCAGCAACAGACACACUGAGGGGCGAGGCAACUGAACAUUACACGGAAUCCUCAUUCGAUCAGCAACUAUCGUCACAAGACAUAUCGAACAAUGAGUACAUCCAGUCGGUCGCCCGCUGCUUACAAAUGAUGCUUCGUAUCGACGAAUACCGUUUUGCGUUCGUCUCCGUGGACGGUAUAUCCACCCUCCUUUCCGUCCUGUCGGGACGAGUCAACUUCCAGGUCCAGUACCAGCUCAUCUUCUGCCUGUGGGUGUUGACUUUCAACCCUCUGCUGGCCGAAAAGAUGAACAAGUUCAAUGUCAUACCGAUUUUGGCCGACAUCUUAAGCGACUCUGUCAAAGAGAAGGUCACCAGGAUCAUCUUGGCUGUGUUUAGGAACUUGAUUGAAAAGCCUGAUGAUCAACAGGUGGCAAAGGAGCAUUGUAUUGCCAUGGUGCAAUGUAAGGUAUUGAAGCAGCUAGCAAUAUUGGAACAGCGCAAAUUUGAUGACGAAGAUGUGACGGGUGACGUAGAGUUCCUCACAGAGAAAUUACAGAGCUCUGUGCAGGAUCUUAGUUCCUUUGAUGAAUACGCAACAGAGGUGAAAUCUGGUCGUUUGGAAUGGUCCCCCGUGCAUAAGAGCAAAUUCUGGAGGGAAAACGCCCAAAGGCUCAACGAGAAGAACUACGAACUUCUCCGCAUCCUUAUCCAUUUGUUGGAAACCAGCAAGGAUCCCCUCGUACUUAGCGUCGCCAGUUUCGAUAUUGGCGAGUACGUUCGUCACUACCCCCGUGGAAAACAUGUCAUUGAGCAAUUGGGAGGCAAGCAACUAGUGAUGCAGCUUCUGGCUCACGAGGACCCCAACGUGCGCUACGAGGCUCUUUUAGCAGUCCAAAAAUUGAUGGUGCACAACUGGGAGUACCUCGGCCGCCAGCUCGAGAAGGAACAAACUGGGACGGGGGAGAAAGGCUCGCAAAAAGGGGGCGCCACGGUAGCCGGGAAGGCCUAAUCGUAACAUAGUAUUAUUAACGUAAAUAUUAUCGCUGUGGCCUGGCUGUAUUCGCAUAAGUAUUCAAUUUUUCAAAUAAGUGAUGUAGCAGAAUGUAAGGUUGAGGCGGAAGGGAAAAAAAAAUACAGUCGGCUUGUGCUGUAAUGUAUAUAGUUGUAUAGUAUUACAUUCCUAAUAACUUCUAUUUUGUCGUCGCUCGGCGGCAGGUUAAAUUUGUUGUUGUAAUAAAAUUUGUGUUUUAAAUACUAUCCGUAUUGUAAAUAUAAAUAAAUACUUCUCUUUUAUUGGUUGUUAUUAAUGUGACACUGUAGUAGUGUUAAUAAUAAACGUUAGUUAUUGUUA